UCCCGUGGGGCGUGGCUGGCGGCCCCUCCCGGCGGUGAAUGCCCGCUCCCGGCUCUCCCUGCGCUGCUCGCAGCCCGCCGCGGUUCGCCCGGCCCCGCCGCCAUGGCCUUUACGUUCGCCGCCUUCUGCUACAUGCUGGCGCUGCUGCUCACCGCCGCGCUCAUCUUCUUCGCCAUCUGGCAUAUUAUAGCGUUUGAUGAACUGAAGACUGAUUACAAGAAUCCCAUAGACCAAUGUAAUACACUCAAUCCUACAGUUGAAAAGGUCAAAAAGAUUAAAAGAGUCAAAAUUGCAUUAAAGCUUGUACUUCCAGAGUACCUCAUCCAUGCAUUCUUCUGUGUUAUGUUUCUCUGUGCAGCAGAGUGGCUUACGCUGGGUCUCAAUAUGCCUUUGCUGGCUUAUCAUAUUUGGAGAUACAUGAGUAGACCCGUGAUGAGUGGCCCUGGUCUGUAUGAUCCUACAACAAUCAUGAAUGCAGAUAUAUUAGCCUAUUGCCAGAAAGAAGGAUGGUGCAAAUUAGCAUUCUACCUUCUAUCAUUUUUUUACUACCUGUAUGGCAUGAUUUAUGUUCUGGUGAGCUCUUAAGAAGGCAUUCAGCAAGCUUCCUUCCAGUUAAGUGCAUGCAAAAGCCACAAAACAUGGAUUCUUUACAACAAGAACCUCUUACCAAGGUUAAAUAUGAAAUCUGAUGAUCGCAUUUGCGUUAGAAAACAAUGACCCCUCUUUUUAAAACAUUUCCACAUUUUAUACUUGUGGAAAGACUGUUUUCUUAUUUUACUGGGACACUGAAAUGAAUGAAUUGUAUGUAAAUUAAUACAAAGGUUACUGGGUUUGAAAAGUUUUGACUUUGCACUCCACAAGGAACAGCCCUAAUCUCCACAUAGGUAUCGGUUACUGACUAGCCUUAGCACACUAGGGGUCUCUUUUAGGCUGGGCUUUGUAGUAGCUCAUCUGGACUUGUGUAUCCCACUCUAACUGUAAAUCAGCUGUAGGUGCUGAGGGCUUGGGAAGGACUGGAAUUGCUGUCUGUGCUUUACCUGUAGGCGAUGUCAGUUUUAGGAGAUGAAUUCAUGGACACAAUUGCAAAAGUAAGAGUUCUAUUUUGGUUCAUUUUGGGUUUUGUUUUCUAUCUGGUUAAUUUUCCCUGUAUAUGCAUGAUUCAGAGAGUUCUGUAUUUUCUCCAAACGUUAACCUUGCUUUAAUCUCGACUGUCUGUCACUGUGAUAGAAGUUGAAUUGUCCACAAAGGAAUGAAUUUAAAUGACGGUUGUUUUUGUUAAUGUGUGUGCUGUCUUAUUAACAAAUGGACAAAUCUGCAA